AACUUCAGUUCAUUUUGAUUAUACACCUUGGCGAAUCUACAGAAAAAUGUCGGCGGCGCUACUUAAAAGCAGUCCGAUUGAAAAUUCGUCUUUUGACAGCGGUUGUGAAGGCAGUUACGACGGCAGUGACAACGUUAACAGUCUUGGUCAUGCUGUCGACUUUGACAAACAAGACGUGCUGCAUGCAUUUCAGACCAUAGGGCAAAAGAUAGAAGGUGAAAUCCGUCGUCUUCGCCAAGAAAAUUUAGACAAGAAUUCACGCAUCCAGCAGAUGGGCAUUGAGGUCCAUCAGCAGCAAGAUAUGGUUCAGCAGUUAACAUUUGAGGUAGAGGGCAUGAGGGAAAAUCUCGAGAAAGAAAAAAGUCAGAGGAAAAAACUGUUUGAAGAGUUGCAGCAGUUGAAUAUCAAAAAAGAGGAGUUUAAGGAGAGCGUUGAAAGAGAGAGAAGAGAAAAAGAGGUCCAGUUAGUUAAACUUCAAGACCUAAGUAAAGAAAACGAGAAGCUACAAGCUACACUUUGCGCCGCAGAGUCUGAGAGAGGACAACUUCGGUAUACCCUGGGUAAAACAAAUGGCGAGCUGCACAACACUCAGACGGAACUCGAUCUUGCAAAGAGCAGUGUGAAAAAGUUAAGAGAAGAGAAGAUGAAAAUUACCUCCGAACUUCAGGACGAACGAGCCGAGAAAGAGGAGACCCAACAAAUGUUUCAAAAAACAGUGAAGCAAAAAGAUAAAUAUGCUGAACAAGUACAGCAACUUGAGGCCCAGAAAGCUACGCUGCAGACAUCCCUCGACGUCGCCAAUUUAACCCUUAAGAAAACCCAAGAAAAUUUGCAACAAAAUGUCGCUGAACUGAUGGCAAAGAUAAAGAACCUUGAAGAUGAGCGCUCCGCCUUGCAACAUACUAUUCAAGAACAAAUCAGUGCUAUGGAUCGGAUACAUCAUCUGGCAACUGAGCAGUCAAAAAACUUUAACGACAAGAAUGCCCAGCUGCAACGUCUUACAGACGAGUUACGGGAUAAACAGAAGACACUUGAAGAAGUCACUCGUAUAAAGGACAUACAAGUGGAAGAAAUCAGAACCCAGGUUCAAGAGGCGUUGGAAAAAGAAGACGAGAGGACAGCGAAGGCGGAAGAAGACAAUUUGACUACUCUUAAUUGCAUUAAAUUAGCCAAUAAGGGGAUUGAGUCGAGCAUGUCAAGCAGAGAACUCAAGGCUAUACUUUCCGACAUAAAGAAAAUCCUGGAGCCAUGCGCCGCUAAGAUAAACGCAUCAACCGCGGGUGACAAAAGAUCCAAUUUGGCCACGUUAAGGGCUUUUAUGAAAACCUGGAGAAAGGGAAAACUUUCAACAGAUCGCAAACAGAAAGAGUUAUAUCUGGAGAACAUACGACGUCACUACACACGCCUAGUGGACGGACUGGGCUAUCACCUGGACACCGCCUCUGGUCAAGAUCUCCUGGACAAACUUUACCAGGAGGGCGUUAUAGAAGAGGCUGAACUUGAGGCACUAAGGAAUACAGCGCAGAAACCACAGAGAUCCAGAAAAUUCCUCGAAAUACUGAAGUCUAAGAAUGUGAAGGUUUUCCAGAGGCUCAUCAAGAUCCUGCGACAAGACCCCCACCGUGAGCACUUGGCCUGUGCGGUAGAAGGAACCAAGCAUCCCGAGCUAUCAGAUGGUGCUGACACCGACAGCGACAACAAUGACAACGACGAAACUCAAGAGAGCCAACAGGAUUCCAGUCACGUGCCUGUAGUCACAAGAGCGGAGACCACACUUAUUAUUGUAGGUUCCAGCAUGGGUGGCUGGCUGGGUCUUAUAGCAGCCAUGGAGAGGCCUGAGAGAGUACAGGCCUUUAUUGAAAUUGCUGCCUCACCAGAUUUUCCUGACAGAAAGUUUCAACAGAUGCCUAAACAGCUUCAAGAGAAAAUCAUGACUACAGGGGAAGUGGACUACCCCUCCUCCUAUGGACAGUUUAUCAUGACAAGAGACUUUCUUCUUGACUCUCGACAGCACAAUAUUCUGCAUUUUCCAACUAUUUCAGUCCAUCGGCCAAUCAGAUUGUUGCAUGGAGUCAAAGAUGAUGCCGUACCGAAAGAGAGGAGGAGAAUGGCAGGGACGCAACUUAUAAGCAGCCCGAUUGAAAAUUCGUCUGUUGACAGUGGUUAUCAAGGUAGUUUCGACGGCAGUGACAACAGUUUUGGUCAUGCUGUAAACUUUGCUAAAGAAGACGUGCUGCGUGUGUUUGAGACCUUACAAGACGCAUGGCAAAAGAAGGAAGAAGAGAACCGUCGUCUUCGUCAAGAAAAUUUAGCCAAGAAUAAACGCAUCCAGCAGAUGGGCAUUGAGGUCGAUCAGCAGCAAGAUAUGGUUCAACAGUUAUCAUCUGAGGUAGAGGGCAUGAAGGAAAAUCUCGAGAAAGAAAAAAGUCAGAGGAAAAAACUGUACGAAGAGUUGCAGCAGUCAAACAUCGAAAAGGAGGAGUUGAAGGAGAGCGUUGAAAGAGAGAGAAGAGAGAAAGAGGUCCAGUUAGUUAAACUUCAAGACCUAAGUAAAGAAAACGAGAAGCUACAAGCUACACUAUGCGCCGCCGAGUCUGAGAGAGGACAACUUCGGGAUACCCUGGGUAAAACAAACGGGGAACUAAACAACGCGCAGAAGGAGCUCGAUCUUUCAAGGAGUAGUGUGAAAAAGUUAAGAGAAGAGAAGAUGAAAAUUACCUCCGAACUUCAGGACGAACGAGCCGAGAAAGAAGAGACUCAACAAACGCUUCAGAAAACAGUUAAGCAAAAAGAUAAAUAUGCUGAACAAGUACAGCAACUUGAGGCCCAGAAAGCUACUCUGCAAACAUCCCUCGACGACGCCAGCUUAACCCUUGAGAAAAACCAAGAAAAUCUGCAGCUUAAAGAAAACAGAGUCGCUGAACUGAUAACAAAGACCAAAAACCUUGAAGAUGAACGUUCUGACUUGCAACAGACUUUGCAAAAACGAAUCAGCGAUUUGAAUCAGGCACAGCUUCAGGUAACAGAGCAGUCAAAGGACAUGGAAAACAAGAAUACCCAGCUGCAACGACUUAAAAACGAGUUAUUGGACAACCACAAGACACUUGAAGAGAUGACUCGUAAAAAGGACAAGCAAGUAGAAGAAAAUGUUAAAAUCAGGACCCAGGUGCAAGAGGCGUUGGAAAAAGAAGACGAGAGGACAGCGAAGGCGGACGAGACUUUAACAGACGUUAAUUUGACUACUCUUAAAUGUAUAAAAUUAGCCAAUAAGGGGAUAGAUUCGAGCAAAGAACGAAAGGCGAUACUUACCGACAUAAAGAAAAUCCUGGAGCCAUGCGCCGCUAAGAUAAACGCAACAACUGCAGGUGACAAAAGAAGAAAUUGGGCCACGUUAAGGGCUUUAAUGGAAAGCUGGAAAGGAAAACUUUCAACAGAUCGCCAACUGAAAGAGUUAUAUUUGGAGAACAUACGACGUCACUACUUGCGUCUAGUGGACGGAUUGGGCUAUCACCUGGACACCGCCUCUGGUCAAGAUCUCCUGGACAAACUCUACCAGGAGAGCGUUAUAGAAGAGUCCGAACUUGAGGCAUUACGGAAUACAGCACAGAAACCAGAGAGAUCCAGAAAAUUCCUCGAAAUACUGAAGUCUAAGAAUGUGAAGGUUUUCCAAAGGCUCAUCAAGAUCCUGCGACACGACCCCCACCGUGAGCACUUGGCCUGUGCAGUAGAAGGGACCACGCAUCCCGGUGAGCGCGCACGUGCGAAAAUGGCAGCAGAAAUCGUCCAGUUUAACGACGACCCGGAGGAUUCCGAUGCUGUGAUGAAAUUCCUUAAUAAAAAGGACGGCGUGUCACGCUUUUUAGAUGCUAUGAAAAGACACUCACAGCGACAAGAUGAAAAGAUUGAGAGUCUUGAAAGACUCAGUCGUUCAAACGAAGAAUAUUUAGCGAAAAAUGACAGCGAAAUUAAUGCGCUCAAACAGGAGAUCGAACAAGAAACGGACCAAAAAGAAAAUUACAUGCAACAAGUACAGGAGGAAAAAUCAAAAUCUGAAGAUCUUCGUGAAAAAUUAAUGGAUGCCGAAAGUGAUAAAUCAACACUUGAGGCAACCACAGAGUCCCAGAGGAAAACUAUUGAGAACUAUAAAACAGAACUAACCGAUUGUAAAAGGCAAAUCAAUGAAAAGGAAACCGAGCUUCAACAACUAAAUAAUUCCCAUCAAAUAACAAUAAAGAAAAAAGAAGAAGAAAAUGCGUCCAUGUUGCAAGCUCUAGAGUCUUCAAGGAGAGAUGUACAAACCACAACAGACGAGCUGGAAAAAGAGAAGAAUGAAAACGCCGAACUGCGCUCAGGUCUUCGGCAGCGUGACUCCGACUUCUCCGCACUGAAGCAAAAUUGGGAACGGGCGGUUCGUGAGAAAGAGGAACUCACUGCGUCUCUCAAAGAUGUACAACGCACUCUAAAAGAUCUUAAAAUGAAAAACGAAGACGACAUGCAAAGAAAUGGAUAUGAGAUGACGGCAUUAAACGAAAAACUAGAGCGGACCACGAAUGAAAGAGACGAAUCUCUCGAUAGGCAGAAGGAACUGAAAGAAACCAUGAAAAAUAUGGAUGAAACACUAACGAAAACCUCGACAGAGAAGGUUGGACUAGAAAAUGCCCUGAAAACAGAAAAAGAAGAUAAAGCACGUCUUCGAAGGUGUCUUGAAGAGGAACGGAAAGACUUUGAGAUCAAAAUACAACGAUCUAGAAACGAAGAGAAAAUUCUUUUGCAAAAAUGCGAAAAACAAAAGAAUGACAUCAGCGCUCUCCAAAAGAAUUUGGACGAUACAAAAGCUGAAAAAGAGAAACUUUCUAAAGAACUUUGUUUGACGAAAGAAAGUCAUUCCAUCGCCAUGAAAGAAGAGCGGGACGCAACGGCUUCGAAAUUACAAGAACUACAAAAAAAGAGCGAAGAGGAAAAAAGAGACGCCGAAGCAAGAAUGCAAUGCAAAAUCGUUGACCUGGAAUACCGUAAUGCGGAGCUCGAUGAUUCUCUGAGUCGCGAACAGGCAAGGGUCAAGAAGAGAGAUGAGACACUGUCCACAGCGGAAAAAGCCGUUGGAGAAUGUAUACAGCUGUCCGAGCAAGGCAUAAAGGAGAGGAAGGAGAGGAAGGAGGUGCUGAUAAAGAUCAAGGACAAAAUGGAGUUGUAUACAAAACGGGCAUAUGCAGAUCAAGCGGGCAGUAGCAGCAAGCGAUUUAGUUUACUGGAACAGCCAAUCAGAAAAGUAAAGACACAGCGAGAAAUUUACUGUGACAAUUUGCGCGCCGGAUGGACCGCCAUGAUUCGAGACCUGGACCUUCUUCUCGAUACAGAGUCCAACGAACUCCUAGAUUCUCUCUUUCAAAACAGAGUCAUAGAAUCAGCCGAGUACAACAAGAUCCGCAGCCUCCCCAAACGAACGGGGGAACGAAGUCGUGAGUUUCUGCAGCUCCUAAUGGGGAAGAAGCCGGAUUCUAUUACAAAAUUCAUAGAGCUGCUGAAAGAAGACGAACAUGCUCGUCAUUUAGCUGAUAUCGUGGAAGGUCCUUCUGCUUUUAGUUCCGGACCGCCGUCCUCUGAAGAUUUAGCAUCAUCUGGCAGUGACAGUGAUGUCAGCACAGAGAGACAGGCUGUCCAAGUUUCUGAACCAAUGUCGUAACAAGCAAAAUCCGAAUUAUUUUCUUAGAGAUACAGCUUACGCCACCUUUGACCAAAAAUAACAACUGUUUCAUAUUUUAAUAACUGUAAUAUGUUAAAAAUGUAAUAUAUUACGGAAAGAGACUUUCAGACACAUAAUUUGCCCUUUUUGUAAAUAAUCGUUUUACUUAUCACAAUUAUUUUUUACUCAGUAUACUCACAUAAGGGAUAGGUGUGUGGUAGAAGUCGAAGGC